AAUCAAUGAUGUAGUACUCUACCAUAAACAAUAUCAACGAGACAGGCCGACAGCAAGUGAUCGUAAAGCAAUGGCCAUGAUCUCUCCAGAUCUUCCUCGGUGACGACCACCUGCCAGCCAGCGAACGGACGAAACGGUGGCAGCAGGUGGCGCAGGCACGCUAGCGAGUAUCAGAAUAUGUGCUUCGCUAUUAUACGAAUAGUCCACCAUGAGAAUAAUCUUUAGCGCUGGCUAGAGGUCGAGUACAUAAUGGAACGCCGUUCCUCCUUGUUACGGCAUUCCUCAUCCCACAUAGCAAUUCUGUUUGUCUGCGCAUAAUUUCAACCCACAUUCCUCUCGAUCCAAAAACAAUCACAUUCAUAUCAUCAGCUCAAAAGGCCAAGACCGAAGCUAGAUCUUCCCCUCUCCUUCUCCUCCCUAUCGACGGACGUUCAUCGACACCGACAACAUGCACUUCGCCAGAAACUCCGCCCUCGCUGGGUUGGUUGUCAUCCCCCUGGCCGCUGCCCAGACCUACACCACCUGCAACCCUAUGGAGAAGACUUGCCCUAACGAUGUUGGCCUCGACUCAGCGAGCUUUGCUUGUGACUUCACCAAAGGCAAAUCAGCUCUUGCCAGCUGGAGUGCCGCCUCUGGAACUACCCUCACCUACGAUGGCACCAAGGGUGCUCAAUUCGUCAUCAACGGCAAGAACCAGGCACCCACCAUCUCGAGCGACUUCUACAUCUUCUUCGGCAAGGUCGAGGUCACCAUGCAAGCAGCUCCUGGUACCGGUAUUGUGAGCAGUAUGGUUCUCCAAUCCGAGGACCUGGACGAGAUUGACUGGGAAUGGCUGGGCGGUGACACUACCCAGGCUCAGACCAACUACUUCGGAAAGGGCAACACCACGUCGUACGAUCGCGGCACUUACCAGUCUGUCUCGUCACCACAGACUGUCAUGCACACCUAUGCAUUUGACUGGACCAAGGAUCAGGUGCAGUGGCUCAUCGACGGUGUGGUUGUCCGUACUCUCAAGUACGCCGAUGCUGUUGGCGGCAAGAACUUCCCUCAGACUCCCAUGCGCCUGAAGUUGGGCAACUGGAUUGCUGGCGACCCGGACACCAACGCCAAGGGCACGAUCGAAUGGGCUGGUGGUGAGACGGACUUCUCCAAGGUCCCCUUCACCAUGUACGUCCAGUCGGUCAGCGUCACCAACUACAACCCGGCCAAGGAGUACAACUGGUCCGACAAGACCGGCAGCUACGAGAGCAUCAAGCUGAUCGAUGGUACCUCGUCUGGUUCUUCCAGCUCUUCCUCGUCGUCUUCCUCUUCAAAGUCCGGCAGCAGUGGUUCGGCCUCCAAGAGUGCUACCGCCAGUGUCAAGUCUACUGCCGUCAUCUCAAACAGUGCCAACACCGUCGCUCCUACCUCGUCCAUCAGCGUUAGAAAAGCUCAGGCCCAGGGCAGCGCCGCUGUUGUCAACAGCUCCAACUCUUCAUCAACCUCGACUGCCUCCACUUUGAGCUCUGUUAUCAGCAGUGUCAGCGCUAGCGCCACCUCUGCUGCCGCAUCCAAGAGCUCAUCGCACAGCUCAUCUUCUUCUUCGGCCACUUCAAGCCAGCCCGCCGAGCAGACUGCCAACGCUGGUGUUUCCAACACUGUUGCUACUGGCCUCGUCUCUAUCAUUGGAGCCGCCAUGGCCUACUUCAUCCUCUAAGGGGUGCUUCAGGCCCUUCUUUGUCUUUUAUUAUGCAUAGCGAUGGACACUUUGUCAUUCUCUCUCUGGCCGGACCAGAUAUACCCACUUCUACUAAUCAGGGCGGCUUUUUUGAGGUUCAGGAUGGUUGUAUUAACAAGAAAUUGAUUACCCACUUUGAUAGAUAGCACGAAUUGAAAUAAAGGGACUCGAAGUCUCUGUGUCUUCCAAUA